AUGGAGUCUAAAAUCAUCUUCUUCUUCCUGGCGUCAUUCUCCAUUAUGGUGUGGAGUUGCGGAGCCUUCAAUGUGACCACCAUGCUUGACAAGUACCCGAAUUUCAACAACUUCAACCAGUACUUGACGGAGACCCGUCUCGCCGGCGAGAUCAACUCGCGGGGAACCGUCACGGUUUUAGCGGUGGACAACGGCGGCAUGGGGGCUCUGUCGGGGAAGUCCAAGGACGUGAUCAAGAGUGUCAUGGCGGUUCACAUCGUUCUUGAUUACUACGACGUUAAGAAGUUCACGACCUUGGAGAAGAAGACCACCAAGUUGACGACGCUGUUCCAGUCGACGGGCAUGGCCUCCGGCGAACAGGGGUUCUUGAACGCCACCGAUACCGGCGGCAAGACGGUGAUGAUUGGCUCCGCCGUGAAGAAUGCGCCACAGGGGUCAAAUUUGAUCAGCGCCGUCGCUCACGAGGGCUACGAUAUUUCCAUUUUGCAGAUUAGCAGCUUGAUUAUCCCGCCCGGCGUUGAGUCCAUUGCCCCAAAGGCUGCGCCGCCGUCUCAUCAGAAGCAUGGCAAGUCUCCGGCAGCUGCACCGUCGCCGAGGAAGUUGCUGCCGCCUUCAAACUCUCCUUCAGACUCUCCUUCAGACUCUCCGUCAGCACUUUCCCCACCCGGUGUUUCACCGUCGGUGCCGGAAACCGACAGUCCUGCUUCGGGACCCAACGGGGAGGGGGAUUCCUCGGCGGCUACCACAGCCCGAGAAGCUUGUUUGGGCUUUGUAAUGGCGAUUAUCUCAGCAAACCUCUUCUUCUUCUUCAUGCUAUGA